CUUCUUUAAAUUUCUUUCCAGGAUGUUCGGUUCUUCUCCACAAUGAAUGAGUGCCACUAUGAUAAGCAGAUGGACUUUUUUUAUAAUAGGAGCAACACUGAUACCCCCGAUGGGUGGACAGGAACGAAGCUUGUGAUCGUUUUGUGUGUCGGAACGUUUUUCUGCCUGUUUAUAUUUUUUUCUAAUUCCCUGGUCAUCGCAGCGGUGAUCAAAAACAGGAAGUUUCAUUUCCCCUUCUACUACCUGUUGGCGAACUUAGCUGCUGCAGAUUUCUUUGCUGGGAUUGCCUAUGUAUUCCUGAUGUUUAACACCGGACCGGUUUCAAAAACUUUGACCGUCAACCGCUGGUUUCUCCGCCAGGGGCUCCUGGACACUAGCUUGACCGCCUCCCUGGCCAACUUGCUGGUUAUUGCCGUGGAGAGGCACAUGUCAAUCAUGAGGAUGCGGGUCCACAGCAACCUGACAAAGAAGAGGGUGACGCUGCUCAUUUUGCUUGUCUGGGCCAUUGCCAUCUUCAUGGGGGCGGUCCCCACGCUGGGCUGGAAUUGCCUCUGCAACAUCUCUGCCUGCUCUUCCCUGGCCCCCAUUUACAGCAGGAGUUACCUCAUUUUCUGGGCGGUGUCCAACCUCAUGGCCUUUUUCAUCAUGGUUGUGGUGUAUCUGCGGAUCUAUAUGUACGUCAAGAGGAAAACCAAAGUCUUGUCUCCACACACAAGUGGGUCCAUCAGCCGCCGGAAGGCACCCAUGAAGCUAAUGAAGACAGUGAUGACUGUCUUAGGGGCGUUCGUGGUGUGCUGGACCCCGGGCCUGGUGGCUCUGCUCCUGGAUGGCCUGAACUGCACGCAGUGUGGCGUGCAGCACGUCAAACAGUGGAUCCUGCUGCUGGCACUGCUCAACUCGGUCAUGAACCCCAUCAUCUACUCGUACAAGGACGAGGACAUGUACACCACCAUGAAGAAGAUGGUCUGUUGCUUCUCCCAGGAGAGGAACCCAGAGAGGCGCCCCUCCCGUAUCCCCUCCUCGGUCCUCAGCCGGAGUGACACAGGCAGCCAGUUCAUGGAGGAUAGCAUUAGCCAAGGCACCAUCUGCAACAAAAGCAGCCCCUAAGCCGAGGAUGUCCCUCCACCCACCCAGGCCCACUCUGGGAACAGAGCUGUUCAGAAUGGCUGCCGGUCUCUAACAAAGCCCAUGUACAGUGUUAUUUGAGGUCGGAAUUAAUCACUGCUUGAUUUUUUU